UAUGUCUCAUGACAAAGUUACUUCUUGAAAAGGAUAUAAAUGUCAACGUAAAAGAUGUUUUUGGAAAACCUGCUAUUUUUAUGUUAUUCCAACAGAUGACAGGGAAAUUUAUCCUAAAGUCAUCAUCAACACUGUGUCAAAAACCUAUGCUGCACUCAGAAGAAGAUAUUAAAGAUGUAGUUUCUAUGCUUGUUAGUCAUGGCUUGGACGUUAAUUUAUUUGACAGUUCUAAAAACUCUGUACUAGAUAUAAUAUGCAGCUCAGGAAGGCAACCAAAAGCUGGUAUCAUACUACUAAAUGCAGGAGCAGAUCCGACAAGAAGCAAUUGCUUUCAGAAAGCAAUAACAACAAAUAAUGCUGUUGAAAACGCAGAUUGGGAAGAAUUCAUUCAAUUGCUUCUUCAAAAAGGAUGUGAUCCAAAUGUAUUCAAUGGUGAUACAUCGAACCUGAUACACGUGACAAAAAAAAGAUUGAUCGGCAUUGUAGAAAAACUUAUCAAACAUGGAGCAAAUGUUAACUUUUGUACCUCCGAGAAAAAGACAGCUUUGCAUUAUGCGUGUGAACUAACGGAAGGAUCAGCCCGAGAUGAUAUUGUUAGACUUCUAGUUAAAAGUGGAGCAAAAUUGAAUAUACAAACUUCCUCUGGAGAAAGCCCAUUAUAUAUUCUAGUGAAUACAAUGAUCGACGAUGUCAAAUAUAACAAAGCAGAAGGUGAUGAAUCAAAACGUGUCAUUAAAAAAGAAAUUGAUUUGUCCUCAUUUAAUCGUCUUGUAUGUGGAGGGUCACAAUUAAAGGACGUCAAAAUCAGCGACAGUACCGACAUGGAGACGAGAGACACGUUUCUUUGGGAGUUUCCAAUAGGAGAUCUGGACGAAAAUGUUACUAAGUCAGCCUUACAGUUAUUAAUCAAAAAUGGAUUCUUAAAUGCUGCAAUGUGUCUUUUAGAAAGUGGAUGGGAAUUUAAAAGAGAAAAAUGGUUUGAAAACCUCGAUCUUUCUAUUGUAGAUUUAUCGAAUAUAAAAAUAGAAGGAUCUUUUGUAAUUUACAAGAGAUUAGAAAUAGAAAAUGCAAAAUCAGAAUUUCAGACCUUUAUCCGGAAUACUCAGUUUGAGCUACAAUCGUUAGCACAGUGUUGUAGGCGUGUCAUUAGAAAUAACCUUCUUGAGACAUCCAAUGGAUCGGAGAUUGAAUCAAAAGUUGAAGUACUUCCUGUGCCUACAAAGAUUAAAUCAUUUCUAACACUUGUGGAUAAUUGUCAUGAAUCAGAGAUAUUUCUGCUCGAAAAUAUUCUAAGACCUCGCAAUUGUAACCAAUUCCAGCCAACAUAUUUACAUUCAUCACUUAUAACAUCCGAUUCUCUUGAAAUGGACACAGAUGACGAAGGAACAUCUUAUUUCAUGAAUGAUUAUGGCUCAGAUGACAACUACGUAUACGCACAUGAUGAUGAUCUCUCGGACGAUGACUUUAUGUUUUCACACUGAAAUUACAGGACAAAAAUGACUUGAAUGCAUUUUUGUUUAAAUUAUUUGUAUGUGAUAACAAAUAGAAUAUUUUUAAACAAGUAUUAUAAAACAACAUACUUGAAAUUAUAAAGACUUGAUUCUGUCAGUUCCCCGGUUUUUAUUUUUGCAUUUUAUAAAUUUUGCUUUACACUUUUGUCCAAGGGCUUCAAAUUUCUGAUAUUUCAUGUCAAACACACAAAUUUUUAAUAAUGUCAAAUUUUGGUCUCACCUACAAUGCAUUUUGCAUUAGACGAGAUACAUGUAAUGUAAUCUGGAGUGGUGUAAACCUUAUGUACCAAUCGUGAUAUUGCAGAUUUCAAAAGAGGUAGAUACAUGUACUCAAUAUCAGCUGUACAGGUAUGUCUCACAAACGUCUGAAGUGGUUAUAUGGGUUAUAGCUUUUGUCUUAACACCAUAUCCAUGGUUCAAUCUAUUUAGUUUAAUAAGUCAGUUACUAUGAGCAAAUUAACAACUACAUUUAGAAAUUAUUUGCAAGGCUAUUACAAUGUAUGUCCAUCACAUAGAGUUCAACUGACAUGGCACCAUAUCAUAAUUCAUAGUUCCGUAACUAAUUUAAAAGGUAGUUUAACUUGAUUACGCCCGGUUCUUACUUACUGUUAAUCAUUAGUCAAAUACGUUUGGUGUUUCGAUGAUUUUAAUGUGCACAUGUUUGUUUGACAAGGGUAAUCUGACUUCGAUCUGAUAUUCAUUGUUAAUUGGUAAAUGUUAUGUGUUUUUGGAGAAGUUUUUUUUUAGAUACUGUAAGUAAUUGGGCAUCUUCAUUGGUGUAUAUACAGUUGUUAGGUGUAAACGUCGUUAUUAACGUGGUUGAAUCUCUUGGCGGGUGCGAAGUAUUGUCUUAAUUCAUAUGUAAUUUGGAUAAUCAAUGUUCAGAUAUAUAUGUUUAUAUUCUUUCAAUUUCAAUGUUUACAACCAACACUUAUCCAAAACAGUAACGCAAACAAGACAUUUCAGUAUGAUAAGUUUGUAUAAGUUCUUGUCAUUAAUUUAAGAUAGGGGCUUUUGCAUUAACAAAUGAGAUUUGACGAAUGGUUUAAAUUCAAUAUGACUACAUAACAUUACUGUAUUGUCUUUUCUCUGUUCUGUGUGUACACAUUUUAAACUAAUGGUAACAUUAUAAUGUUCAAACUUUAUUGAAGUUUAUGUACUCGUAUGAUAUUCUUCUUAUCGUAUCUUUCCUAAACUCGUAAAUGAAAAUAACGCUUGCGAAAUAUUUAGGUCUUUCCACCUUUCCGUGAUUUUGUUCUAGUUAUUAUGAAUAUUAUCAAUUGUUUUUAUUAAGCAGGAUGUCGCUUAGAUAUUAAGUUUAUGAUAUCGAACAGUUUAUAAUCUUUCAAAAUUGACACUGUUUAACCGAACACUUUUCCUAUAAAAGUUAUUUCCCCAAAACUGUUGCUUUCCUGCUCCUUCGCAUUCGUUUAAGAAAUCGACAAAAUCAUUUGACAAAAUUGCUCAUUACAUCCUCAAAUUGUCAACACAAGUUUGACUGACGAGAUUCGGAGUUAUUCCUACUAUUUGAUAUAGGUGAAAUGUAAUAGUAGCUCAUAAAACAUAAGAGACACGGACCAAGGUUCUUUUGAUUUGAGUUCAUGGGUCCUCAAAAAUGAAAAUGAGACCAAAUUUAAAGAUCAAGGUCAUAUUCUUAAUUUUGAUUUUAGUCUGGAUUUUCCUCAGAAACCGUAUAAGAUAUCGACACAAUAUAUUACUCAAUUGUUAGUUGCAGCAUGUCGUUACAUAUACAUUUUGCUUGAAAGGUACGUUGACAUUUAAUAGGAGUUGAUACCCUCUAAGUCUUAAAUCUAAAAUUAGCUGUAUAAAGCAUCAACCAUAUAUAGAAAAGACCUAGGCUAUUUUGAUUUGAGGUCCUUUAUUGAUGACCUUGAAAUGUAGAUGAUACUGGAAGUGAUAUUUUUUAAACCGGAUAUUGCAAUUUAUCUUCCUUAUUUCAGGCAAAAUUAUAUAAAACUUUAUAUUUGUGGAAUCAGUGUAACGACUAAAGCUAUCAUAUGAGAUUGAAAGUAACAAUUCAAUUUGCUACAAUACCCGAUUAGUUUGACGUUUUAUUUCCAUUUUCAAAAGACAGUUUUGCCUUUACUACAAUUGUUAUGGUGUUCAAGCGAUAUACAAAGCUCCACUUUAGCUAGAUAUAAAAUCAGGUGUAACCUACUAUUUUUUCUUCUUAGUACCAAGUCAGGAAUAUGACAAUUAAUUUCCAAUCGUUCCGCUGGUUAUUUACGUUACAUUUUGUAAAUUUUUUUUAUGGACUUCAUUUUUUCAAUUUAACUGUGAAUUGUUAUUUUCUAUCUAAUGUUUUUCCUUCAUAAUUAAGGUCACAAUUGGUUACUUGGUUGGAGUUUCUUUUAAUAAAAUUGCAAUUGUUAUUUGACAUUAAUUGUUAAUUAUUGAUUAAUACUGUUUGUUUUUUAGUUAGUCGUUUACUAUCUUAUAACUUUGUCAAUUAUAUCAGCAUCUGUUUGUAUGUGUGUAUUUGUAAAAAUAAUAUGGCAAUUUUGCUGAUUAGUGUUAGACAUUCUGAAUAAAUUAGAUUACUGAU